GGCCGGGAGCGGCCAAGCCGCGUCCUGAGGGCUCUCCCGCCUUUCCCGUACCUGGCAGCCGCUCCGGGAGCUCCGUGCCCGUCUAUGGAGCUGUGGCAGGUGCCGCUGAGCUUCUCCCGCCUCCGCAUGUUCCCUUUUUUCGACCUAGCGCAUUAUGUCGCCUCCGUCCUGGCGCUGAAGGAGCAGCGGGGAGUUGUGGAAGUGUCGAUCCGAAGUCCGUUGGCCUGCUGGUUUAGUGCAAUGCUUUAUUGCUUUGGGGGUUCAGUUUUGUCUUCGUUGAUGCUUGGUGAACCUCCAGUAGCAUUUCUGGCAAAGACCAUAAAUAUUCUCCUGGCAUCCUCAGUCUGGUAUCUAGUGUUUUACUGCCCAGAAGACAUAUUCUGCCGCUGCUUUUCCUUUUUGCCUCUUCGUCUUCUGAUGGCAGGAAUGAAAGAAGUCACAAGGACUUGGAAGAUCACAGAUGGCAUUGCACAUGCAGACACUGUCUACAAAGAUGCCUGUUUUAUCAUGGUAGCUGUGGGCUGGGCCAGAGGUGCUGGUGGUGGCUUAAUUUCCAACUUUGAGCAGCUGGUGAGAGGAGUGUGGAAACCUGAAACCAAUGAGCUUCUGCAGAUGUCCUACCCUGUGAAGGUAACUUUAAUAGGAGCAAUUCUUUUCACCCUGCAACGCAGACAGUACUUGCCAAUAGCAAAACACAACCUUGUGUUUUUAUACACCAUCUUUCUUGUUGUCUUCAAGGUAAAAAUGUUGUUGACAAGGUGUGCAACUUCUCCACUUGCUCCCUUUGAGGCUGCAGUGGGCCAAAUAUUUUUUGGCUCACAAAAGACACCUUCCAAACUGAAGGGUGAAAGUCCCACAUCUUCCAACGGCUCUUCAGUCUGUGACCAGCCUUCUGAGCAGCACCAUGAGGGUGCUAAGAAAAGACAAGCAAAGAAAACAGAAUAAGUGACUUGAAAUCCUUGUGGUGGUCAUGAAGAUGUGUGUCUUCCUGAGAAGUUUCUCUAAGGAAAUGAGAACAGGGCUGUGUUGUGGUUUGCCUUUUUGGAAUGUGUUAUGUAAGCUAUGUGUAAAUGCACAUGUUGGAUUUGUGAGUUAAAACUAUGAACUUUUAUAGUGGACUAAUUUUUGUACUUAGGAUAACUAAAAAUGCUUAUAUGUUAAAAAGAUAGUUUCAAAAAUGUGACAAUCUUUUUUUUUUUCCUACUGUAUCACUUGUUUCACAUCUUCCUAUCCCCCAGUUCUUAUGUGUCAUUUUGAUAACACUGAUUUGUACUGUCAGGUGUUCACUGUAGCACAUCCCAAAUAAGAAAGUCAUUAAGUAAGGCUUAAUCACAUUGCAUUGUGUAAAAUCAUAAAAAUGUACCAAUUUAAUGCCUUUAACUAGAAAAGUAACUGAAUUAUUGUUGUAAUUCACAUUGCAUUGGUCUAGAUUUUCUUUGUUUCUUAAAAGUAAAUAUUUUAAAAUAUUUUUUAAUGCUUUAAAAUGAGAGUACAUUAUCUGGCACUUUAAAAACUCUUUACAGUUAGCAAGCAGAAACAUAUCAAUAUUUUUAUUGUUGGCUUACUUGGACUCUUAUUUGCAAGUAUUUGAGAUGUUUUUUGCCACAUUAGUGUUUUACAAGUGGUUUAUAGUUAUCUUCUGGUUCAUUUGGGUCUUGACAUUCUUUGCCUGCAUUUUUUUCCAAGCAUAUGCACUUAUUUAUUUUCAAAGACAAACUUCAUUAGGAAGAAUACUGGAUAUAACAUUGACCUUGUUUAGUCAGCACCCUGAGCUGCAAGACAGGUAUGAGGCAGAAUGUUGCUCCCAUAAUCCAUGAGGGAAUGGUCAGUGAGCUGCUAGAACACCUGGACACUCGCAAGUGGUGGGAUGGGACCCACCCAGGGGUGCUGAGGGAGCUGGCAGAGAGCUCACUGAGACACUUCCAAUCAUUUACCAGCAGUCCAGGCAAACUGGGGAGGUCCUAGUUAGCUGGAGGUUGGCAAAUGUGGCCCGUAUCUAUGGGAAUGAUCAGAAGGAGGAUCCAGAGAAUUACAGGCCUGUCCCCUGCCCUCAGUGCCAGGAGGCCAUGGAGCAGAUCACCUUGAGUGCCAUCAGCAACAGGAGCAGGACAACCAGGGCAUCAGGCCCAGCCAGCCUGGCUUUAGGAGAGGCAGGUCCUGCCUGAGCAACCUGAUCCCCUCCUGUGACAAGGUGACCUGCUCAGCAUGAGGGAAAGGCUGUGGGUGUGUCUGCCCGGACCUUACAGAGCCUUUGACACCUUCUGCCACAGCAUCUCCUGGAGAAACUGGCUGCUCAUGGACAGGGCCCUGUGCUCUGGGGGAAGAACUGGCUGAGGGCAGGGCCGGGAGCGAUGGGACACGGAGGCACAUCCAGCUGGGCCGGCACCAGCAGGGCUCCCAUGGAUCAGUGCUGGGGCCAGGCCUGUUCAACAUCCUCAGCAAAGGUCUGGAUGAGGCAUCAAGGGCCCCUCAGUCCGUUCCUGACAGCACCGGGCUGGGUGGGAUGUGGAUCUGCUGGAGGGCAGGAGGGCUCUGCAGGGGGGUCUGGACAGGCUGGAUCCAUGGGAUGAGGCCAGUGGGGUGAGGGGCAACCAGGGGCAGUGCUGGGUCCUGCCCUCGGGUCACAACAACCCCUGCAGCUGCAGGCUGGGGGAAAAGUGGCUGGAAAAGGCCCUGGGGGUGCUGUGACAGCAGCUGGACACGAGCCCAGGGGUGCCCAGGUGGCCAAGAAGGCCAAAGGCCCCUGGGCUGUGCCAGCUGUGGGGUGGCAGCAGGAGCAGGGCAGGACUGUCCCUGUGCUGGCCCUGCUGAGGCCACACCUCAAAUCCUGGGGGCAGCUCUGGGCCUCCCAUGGCAAGAAAGACUUUGAGGGGCUAGAGCGUGUCCAGAGAAGGGAACGGAGCUGGGGAAAGGUCUGGAGCCCCAGGAGAGGCUGAGGGAGCUGGGAAGGGGCUCAGCCUGGAGAAAAGGAGGCUCAGGGGGGACCUUGUGGCUCUGCACAACUCCUGACAGGAGGGGACAGCCAGGGGAGGCUCUGCUCCAGGGAACAGGGACAGGAGGAGAGGAAACAGCCUCAAGCUGUGGCAGAGGUGGGUUAAUUUGGAUAUUAGGAAGAAUUUUUUCACAGAAAUGGUGAAAAGCAUUGGAACAAGCUGUCCGGGAAGGUGAUGGGAGUAAACAUCUGUGGAGGGAUUUAAAAGGCUGUGUAUAUCUUGCACAUGGGGAUAUGGUUUAGUGUUGGCCUUAGCCAUGCUGGGUUAAUGCUUGACUUAAUCUUAACGGUCUCUUCCAACCUAAACCACUCUUUAAUGUCAGAAGCACUGAAAGUUUUUAUUAGCAUUUGCUGAAAUCUUGCUGCUUUCUGCUUGUUGCAUCUUUUUUUACUCAAGAUGUGAAGCCGUUCUAAGUGGUAUACACUUCAUAACUGAGAACUUUGGCAUUUUAGAGAUGUUACAAUACAUAAGAAUAGAAUCUUUUCAGGGGAAUCUUUCCAUUGAUGUGCCAAUUUUUAGAAGAAACUUUUUUUACAAAAUUAGACUAUUUUCUUCAGAGAGCACUGCUUUGAAAAGCAUUGUUCAGCAAAGAGGGGUUAGGUUAAUCUUUGUGCAGGAUGCCAAAAAGAAUGUGGAGGGAGAUCUGAUUUGAAAAGACAAAGUUCUAGUUCCAGGUACAUCUCUAAAUUUAGAAAAGCUGUCACCAAUGCUGUGCUUAGAGAAAAGAAAAAUAAAAGUACCGAAGAAAUUUCUUGUGCCUGAAUAGCCACAUUUCCACGGUGAUGACCAAAAGCAUUGAACUCGGUUUGAAAUCCAGCUUCAUUGCAAAUGUGCUGUACUUUGAAAGCUAAAAUUACUAGUUUCUUUAACACUUAAGAAUAAAAACAAAAUACCCCAAACUCUUUGGACAAACUAGCAGUCAUAUUCCUUAUGUAUUACACUGAAACUUAGUGUUCAGUUACAAAUGCUUGGAGUAUUCACUUGGUGUCUCAUUUUUUUGUAGCUUCAUGUCAUGGAUUAACUUGAAGCUGCCAGUUGACUAGUUAACAAUCAGCUAGUUAUUAAGUAACACCAGCACAUGCUGCCUCCUGUCCAUGGUUUUUAAAGUUUUGGAUGUUUUUCUGAAUAGGUGUAAUUGUGUAUUCUAGAUCACGUGAACCAUACGGAAUAGGAUUGUGGCAUGGAACCAUGUUGCACAUGUGUGAAAUUCUUCCUAAAAACUGGCUAUUCCUAGCCCAGGUCAAUGUGAAAAUAUGCUUAGACUAAGACUUUAACAAGUUUGCAAUUAGAGGGAAAAAUGUUUUGUAUUUGUUUUCAGAGUUAAAGACAACAAUAUUAAAAAAAAUUAAAAGCUUUCUUGUCUGAAGACCUUAAAAAUAAUACAGAACACACAAAAAGUUGUUAUGAGACAGAACACAAGUUAUGCUGAGAGAAAUCCUGUUUUAAGCACCAUGAAAACAACACUUUGUGUUUAAAGGUAUCGCAUGUUGCUAAAGGAUGGGUGCUCAAAAAAAGCUACAUGCAAAUAUUCUGAGAGCUCCAUUUUAUGACAGAAAAAGAUAACCAGUUGCUCAGGGUUUAACCUGAAUUCUGUAGGCGACAUUAACACAGUGUGUCCAGGAUGCCUUAAAUAAACAAUUCCCAGCUUUCAUGCUGAUAGUUUUCUAUCUCUAGUAAACUUCUCUGUGUGAGAAUUUUGUUAACAACUUCUUCUAACUGUUCUGGUAAGGUUUGUCAGAUUCAGCACAGCUACACACAUGAACAAAUUGGCUGUAUCUAAUUUUGUCAUUAACCUGGUAAAAUUAGAAGCUGCUGCUUUGUGCCAAUAUAAACAAAGUCGUUCAGAAAUUGCUUUAUCACCUCAAUUCUUGGGCUAGAAGGGCAUGUUCCUGGUUAAACCAAUUGCUGUUCUGAGUAAUUUCUGCUAAUACACCCAGCUUAUGUAAAAAGGAAUACCUUAAAAUUUGCUUCAGGAACAGAAUUGAUGUUUAUUUAGACAAUAAAUGCUAUUUGCUUUCCUCUUC